AUGAAGUUCUCAACUCUCACGCUUCAGGCCGCCUCUUUGGCGCUCCUUCGGACUACAUCUAGCGCCGAACAACUGGCACCAUUCAAAUACGACUCCCUUCCACUCGGCUCCAUCAAGCCUCUUGGUUGGCUCAAAGACCAGUUGCGCCUCUCCGCUGAGGGCCUGGCCGGGCACGAAUGGGACUUCUACCGCUAUGCCAUGAACUCGACAUGGAGCGGUGGGACCUGGGAGUAUAGCGGCCUGCACGAGACUGCCCCAUACUGGUUCAACUACAUUGUCCCGCUGGCAUGGUCGUUGGACGAUGCGCGGCUUAAGGCGCAGGCAAAGGAGUUCCUGGAUAGCGUCCUUGACGCGCAGCAAGCGGACGGCUGGUUGGGGCCUGAGACGGCAAAGAGUGAGAGGGGACUGUGGGCCAGGGCGUUGCUUCUGUAUGGAAUGAUUCAAUAUGCGGAGGCAGAUCCGUCAGAGACGGAGAGAAUUGUGGCGGCGAUGCAUCGCUUUGUAAACUUGGCCUAUACCAUGCUGAAAGAUAACUACACAGGUCUUGUACCUGUUUCAGGCGAUGUCUUUGGCGCGGGAAACCAUGGCGUUACAAGAGCGCAUGAGCUGGCGACGCAGUUCCAGUGGCUGUAUGAUAAAUACCCCAACGGCAACGAGGCGAACAUCUGGGGCGCCAUUGACCUCAUCUUUAAGGGUGGAAUCGCGGCGCAGAGAGACUGGAGGGAGUUCUUUGUCGAGGGGGUGUUCCCGACGGUAGCUAUGCCGGCUAUUGUCGAUAGGAGAUUUGUGCAUGGUGUGGAUCUUGCGGAAGGUCUCCGCUGGACCACUGCGCUCUACCGCCUUGACAAAAACGAGUCACUCACCACUCAAGCCCACGACAGCGUUGACAUGCUUUUCAAGUACCACGGUGCAGACUCUGGCACCAUCACCGCCGACGAGCUCCUCGCCGGCAUGAGCCCCAACCGUGGUUCAGAGCUGUGCAUGGCUGUCGAAACUAUGUACUCCAUGUCGUACUUGUACCGCUUCUACGGCACCAACCGCUUUGCGGACCGCGCGGAGUUGGUGGCGUUUAAUGCGCUUCCUGCUUCCAUAUCGCCGGAUUGGUGGAGCCAUCAGUAUGUUGCACAGGCAAACCAGCCGUGGGCGUUCAACAUCAGUGGGAAUCCGUAUGUCAAUGUUAAUAACUAUGGCAAUACAUUUGGAUUGGAGCCAAACUAUCCGUGCUGUACAGUGAACCAUCCGCAAGGGUAUCCCAAGUUCCUGGCGGCGAGUUUUAUGAAAGUAGGAACCAGUGACCUUCUGCACGCACUCCUCUCGCCGACAAAGGUCAUCACAACUCUAGGAACCAAUAAUAAAGUUACCGUCACCGCGGACACAAACUAUCCCUUCAACCCCACCAUCAAGUACACCAUCACCGCCCAGUCCCCCUUCACCUUCCACGUCCGCAUCCCCGCGUGGGCCAACCUCUCCACCUCCACAAUCACCCUCGGCCGCUCCAAUCCCGUCGCUCUUACCCCCACCACCGACAACCACCAGCUUGUCUCCGUCAGAACCGGCACCACAACCUUCAGCAUCACCUUCGGCCAGACCGUCAGCGUCGUCCAGCGUGCCAACAGCGCCGUUGCCCUCCACCGUGGCCCCCUCCUCUACGCUCUCGAUCUCGACUACAACACCGAGUCCUUCUCCCCGCGCACAUACAACGCUCCAACGGUGCCACUCCCCGUCUACCAAGUGCACCUCCCGGAGACACAGGAUCACUUCUUGAAGCCCGUAGGUAAGGACUGGGCCAUCGCCAUUGAUACGGCCUCGAUCGAGGUCAAUGAUAUGUCAGAUAGCACCACACCGCUGAAGAACCCUAUCUUUGCGAAGGGCGCCCCGCCCGUUGAGUUGAAGGUCAAGGCAUGCCCGAUCGAGUGGGGAGUGACGAACGAUGUGUUGGCGGAGCCCCCAGUCGCACCGGUGUGUACCGGUGAUGCAAAGGUGGUGAGCUUCAGGCCGUAUGGUAGCACGAAGUUGAGGAUGACUGAGUUGCCGGUGGUGAAUUUGAGCUGA